UGCCGCGACCCCGCCCUCCCGCGCCUGUCCUUCCCUCUGCUCCCUGCCUCUGCUGGGCGCCAGACCCGGCCCCGCCGUCCGGCUGUUUCUCGGCUGCGGCUUGUCACCUCCGGGGUCCCAGCCUCCGUGGGCCGGGGCCGCCGGCGCCGCGGCAGGACGGGGAGGCGGGCCAUGGCGUCCUGCGUGGGGAGCCGGACCCUAAGCAAGGAUGAUGUGAACUACAAGAUGCAUUUCCGGAUGAUCAACGAGCAGCAAGUGGAGGACAUCACCAUCGACUUCUUCUACCGGCCCCACACCAUCACCCUGCUGAGCUUCACCAUCGUCAGCCUCAUGUACUUCGCCUUCACCAGGGAUGACUCUGUUCCUGAAGACAACAUCUGGAGGGGCAUCCUCUCUGUCGUCUUCUUCUUCCUAAUCAUCAGCGUGCUGGCUUUUCCCAAUGGUCCAUUUACAAGACCCCAUCCAGCCUUAUGGAGAAUGGUUUUUGGACUCAGCGUGCUCUACUUCCUGUUCCUGGUCUUCCUCCUGUUCCUGAAUUUUGAGCAGGUCAAAUCCCUAAUGUAUUGGCUAGAUCCAAAUCUUCGAUAUGCCACAAGGGAAGCAGAUAUCAUGGAGUAUGCUGUGAACUGCCACGUGAUCACCUGGGAGAGGAUUGUCAGCCACUUUGAUAUAUUUGCCUUUGGGCAUUUCUGGGGUUGGGCCAUGAAGGCCUUGUUGAUCCGCAGCUAUGGCCUCUGCUGGACAAUCAGUAUCACUUGGGAGCUGACUGAGCUUUUCUUCAUGCAUCUUCUGCCCAAUUUCGCGGAGUGCUGGUGGGACCAAGUCAUUCUAGAUAUCCUGUUGUGCAAUGGAGGCGGCAUCUGGCUGGGCAUGGUCGUCUGCCGGUUCUUAGAGAUGAGGACUUACCACUGGGCGAGCUUCAAGGACAUCCACACUACCACCGGCAAGAUCAAGCGUGCUGUGUUACAAUUCACACCUGCUAGCUGGACCUAUGUUAGGUGGUUUGACCCCAAAUCUUCUUUUCAGAGAGUGGCUGGAAUAUACCUUUUUAUGAUCAUCUGGCAGCUAACUGAGUUGAAUACCUUCUUCUUGAAACACAUCUUCGUGUUCCAGGCCAGCCAUCCCUUAAGCUGGUGUAGGAUUCUCUUCAUUGGCUGCAUCACAGCUCCCACAGUGAGACAGUACUAUGCUUACCUGACUGACACGCAAUGCAAACGUGUAGGGACGCAGUGCUGGGUAUUUGGGGUCAUUGGCUUCCUGGAAGCUAUUGUCUGCAUAAAGUUCGGACAAGAUCUCUUCUCUAAGACUCAAAUACUCUAUGUUGUGCUUUGGCUCCUUUGUGUGGCCUUUACCACAUUCUUGUGCCUGUAUGGCAUGGUCUGGUAUGCGGAGCAUUAUGGUCACCGGGAAAAGACCUAUUCAGAGUGUGAGGAUGGCACGUACAGUCCAGAUAUCUCCUGGCAUCACGGGAAAGGUUCUGAAGAUAGCCCACCCAAGCAUUCAGGCAACAACGAAAGCCAUUCUUCCAGAAGGAGGAACCGACAUUCCAAGUCCAAAGUCACCAAUGGAGUCGGGAAGAAAUGAAAGACCCUGGUUGAUUAGAGAUGUUCCAGAGAGUGCCUAGAACUGCAAGGAAACAGGACUCAUUUGGACCUUCCCAUCAGAAGAUCAAAAUAUACAGGGCAAAUAGGAACAGGAAGGGAGUCAGGGAGGGUCCUGAUUUGAGAGCAUAAGUCUUGUUUCCGCAAAACCUGGCCACAUCAGACAGACCGUUGCCUGGAGUUCUUUGCCAAUCUGGGGUCUCUCCUAACUUCAGCCCUUGGCAUGAGGUCAUUACUAACACUGCGGUGUGUUGGAAGGACAAGGUAGCUGCUGGCUGUUCCCAAGAGCAGCUCUGUGCUGCUGUAUCUUUUGGAUGCAGAUAAGCUUCUUCAUUCAGAACAGCCUUAACCAGGUGGUUAAUGGACUGGUCACUGGCUUUUAUUUUUGUGAGUCUGUCUUUCCAUUUGAUUUAAGUUGAGGCUACUGGACUGUCUCUUAUUUUGUUGCUUUCAAGUCAGGAAAUUUACAAGCCUCCAGAAUCCACUGCUGAAAUUGAACACAAGGGGAGGCUUUCCUUUUAGAGACAAAUUGGGGGGCGGGGGGAGGAGAGCGGAGAGGCUUUUGUGUUCCUCUCUAGCAACUCUGACCCCUUUGAGUACAUCAAGCUUUCCACGUUAGGUGACCAGCAGUCUGCGAAAGGCUAGCUGCCUGUGUUCCCAGUGGCAACCUUUUUGUUUCCUUCCAAAUGUUACGUGUCCAGAUUUAUCUACAGCACACAAAAGCCACCCUGCUGCAAAAGGGCAUGACACCAUGGCUCUUCCUCUGCCAGGUGCCUUCUCCGUGUGCUCGGGUUCCUUCCACGUUGCGUUUGCCCGUGUUGUCUCUUAGUCCUGUGUGAGGUUCUGGUGAGUAUUGCCUUUCAUCCGUGCCAUGCUCUAGCACAUUCUCAUAGUUUUCCACCUCUGAUGGAUUCCAGUUUUAAAUAAAACAAUUCACAUUAAA